AUGGCCAACCCCCGCGUUGAAGAGCUUCCUGAUGACGAGACCAAGAAGGUCGCCGUCGAGGAGCACGAGGAUGACAGCUCCGACUCCGAAAUUGAGGGCGAGGACGCUGAGGGCCUUCCCUCCGGCUCCACCGCCGUCAUUCACUCCCGCAACGAGAAGAAGGCCCGCAAGGCUCUCGAGAAGCUGCACCUGACGAGAGUGCAGGGCAUCACCCGCGUUACCCUGCGCCGCCCGAAGAACAUUCUCUUCGUCAUCAACAACCCCGAGGUCUACAAGUCCCCCAACAGCAACACCUACAUCGUCUUCGGUGAGGCUAAGAUCGAGGACCUUAACGCCACUGCCCAGCAGGCUGCCGCCCAGCAGCUCGCUGCUGCCGGUGGUGAGCACGACCACGCUGGCCACAGCCACGCUGAGCCCAGCAAGGCCGCUGACGCCGACGCCAAGAAGGAGGAGGAAGAGGAUGACGGUGAGGAGGUCGACGCUGAGGGCAUCGAGGACAAGGACAUCGAGCUCGUCAUGACCCAGGCCAACGUUAGCCGGAAGAAGGCCAUCAAGGCUCUGAAGGAGAACGACAACGAUAUUGUCAACUCUAUUAUGGCAUUGACGUGUGACCCAGUCCCGGCUCUUUCUCUGCCUCUCCGUUCGGCAAAGUCAAUCAAGCAUCCUCACGACGACGCAACUCCCUCUCCACUCCCCCGAACCCUCAACACAUCCUCCAAAAUGGCCGCACGAAGCGCAGCUCUCAAGCUCGACUGGGCCAAGGUCACCAGCUCCCUCAGCCUGCGCGGCCAGACCGUCGCCUCUCUCCAAGCCUUCAAGAAGCGCAACGAGGACGCCCGCCGCAAGGUCCAGACUCUGUCGGAGCUCCCCACGACCGUCGACUUCGCCCACUACCGCUCCAUCCUCAAGAACCAGGCCGUCGUCAACGAGAUCGAGAAGCGCUUCACUGCCUUCAAGCCCGCUACCUACGACGUCUCUCGCCAGAUCAAGGCCAUCGAGGCUUUCGAGGUUGAGGCCGUCAAGAACGCCGAGGCCACCAAGAACAAGGUCGACCUGGAGCUCAAGGACCUCGAGAAGACCCUGACCAACAUCGAGACUGCCCGUCCCUUCGAGGACCUCACUGUCGACGAGGUCUCUGCCGCCGAGCCCUCCAUCGACGAGAAGACCUCCCAGCUCGUUUCCAAGGGCCGUUGGUCCGUGCCGGGAUACAAGGAGAAGUUCGGCGAUCUUUCUGUGCUAUAG